AUGAAUUUUUUUUUAUUCUCCCUCGCUAAUAUUGUUGCUUUAAUAAUCAUUGCUUCAUCUGCUCCUGUUUCUGCUCAUUUUUACAAUAACGUUUCGACAAUUCCUCGUUCUUUAAUUCCUAGUAAUUCUACCUGGAACCAUUUCAACAACUACUUGGGUUGCCGCGUUGGCCAAAAAAUCAAAGGGUUAGCUAAAAUCAAACAGUAUUUUCAACAUUUUGGGUAUAUUGAUAAUUCAUUGAGCAAUGACUUCACAGAUGAAUUUGAUCAACUUCUUUUUUCAGCUCUCAAAACUUAUCAAUUAAACUUUAAUCUUAACAUCACCGGAGAAUUCGACAUACUCACUCUUCAACAUAUGGUAAAACCAAGAUGCGGAAAUCCAGAUAUAGUAAAUGGCACUACUCAUAUGAACUCCGGCAAGUCUCCAACGGAUCAUACGGUGGCCCAUUUCUCGUUUUUCGAAGGCCAGCCACGUUGGCCUUCGAGUAAGAGUAAAUUAAAGUAUGCAUUUCUACCGGAGAAUCAGUUGACGGAUUCUGUUAAGGCGGUUUUUAGGAGGGCGUUUGAUAAAUGGUCAAAAGUAACUCCGUUAACUUUUAAAGAGACGGAUUCUUAUAGAUUGGCAGAUAUUCGGAUUGGGUUUUUUGUCAGAGACCAUGGAGAUGAUAACCCGUUUGAUGGGCCCAUGAAGAUUUUGGCUCACGCGUUUGCACCGCCUACGGGGUUUUUCCACUUAGACGGCGAGGAGAAUUGGGUGGUUGACAGCGAGUAUUUGAAAGAAGGGACGGUGGAUCUUGAAUCGGUUGCAGUUCAUGAAAUCGGACAUUUAUUGGGUUUGGAUCAUUCGUCCGAAAAAGAAGCAAUUAUGUUUCCGACACUUGAAGAUGGAACCAAGAAAGUGGAGUUGACAAGAGAUGAUAUUGAAGGGGUACAAAUGUUAUAUGGGUCAAACCCGAAUUAUAAUGGGUCAAGUACUGUUUACCCCCACCGUCAAGAGAAUGAUAUAAGUGGAUAUUCCACUUUUGGUUCAUUGUGCCCACAUUGGAUUAUUGGAUUUUUCUUAGGAUUGGUGCUUUCAAUUUUGCUAUAG